CGACACAGAAAAACCGGUUCUGCCACACCGCCCCCCUCCCCCCUGCUUCUACCGCCAAACAGAGGCUCAUGAAACCGAGUCUUGAGACAUCUGAAGACAUGGCUCAGGCGGACUUCCUCUCAGUUCUCCCUUAUGUAGCAGCAGUGGGUGUGGCUGUCGGUCUGUACUUCCUGCGGAGACAUGUGAAGGGGGAAGUCUGUCGCAGCGACGUUCGGCUGAACGGCAAAACCGCCAUCGUCACCGGCGCCAACACCGGCAUCGGCAAGGCAACGGCCCUGGAACUGGCCGAUAGGGGUGCCCGAGUUAUCCUCGCAUGCAGGAACAUGGCCAAAGCGAAAAAGGCUGCAUCCGACAUCCGGCAGGCCACCGGAAACGGAAAUGUCGUGGCCUGGAAGUUGGACCUGGCGUCUCUGACGUCCGUCCGGGCGUUCGCAGGUCACAUCAACACGGAGGAGGAGAGGCUGGACAUCCUCGUCAACAAUGCAGGAGUGAUGUGGUGCCCUCAGCAGCAGACAGAGGACGGUUUUGAGCUGCAGUUCGGCGUGAACCACCUGGGCCACUUCCUGCUCACCAACCUGCUCCUGGACAAGCUGAAGGCGUCCGCUCCCAGUCGCGUCGUGACCGUGUCUGCUGUGGGGCACAAGUCAGCCCACAUCGUCUUCGGGAACCUGAACGCCGAGAAGUCCUACAGCCCCUACCAGGCAAACUUCCAGAGCAAGCUGGCAAACGCACUGUUUUCACGGGAACUAGCCAAGAGAACGAGUGAUUUCCCUGUAGGUACGGGUGUUUCGGCGUUCUCUGUGGACCCGGGGCCGGUCCGGACGGAGUUGGCCCGACACAUGCCCGGUCCUGGAGCUGCAAAGUCCCCGUUUACAACUCGUAUUCAGGCUGUCACACAAAGAAGGUCAUUUGUGUGUGUUGUUCUAUUUCUCCUGCAUGCAGGUACUGGUGUUUCUGCGUUCUCGGUGGACCCCGGUCCUGUGCGGACGGAGUUGGCCCGCCACAUGCCCCAGACGCUGGGCCCGGUCCUGUACCCGCUCUUCUGGGUGGUCAUGAAGCUCAUCCACCCCAUCGUCAAGACCCCCCGCGAAGGCGCUCAGACGUCGCUCCACUGCGCAGUGGCGGAGGGGCUGGAGGCGUGCUCGGGGAUGUACUUCAAAGAGUGCGCCCCGGCGGAGCCUGCUCCCCAGGCUAAGGACGACGCCGUGGCGAGGCGGCUGUGGGAGGUUAGCGAGGAGAUGGUCGGGAUCAACACGUGAACGAGAGCAAGAAGGAGAGAGGUGUAUCCAGAACCGUUCCUUGCUUAAGCGCGGUUCUGGAUAGUCCUCGCGUAUCCAGAACCAUGCUGCAUCAAGAACUAUCCUUCUAAAAAGGCGUGGCUCUGAAAUGCGUAUGGUCCAGAAACAUACAUAUACCUGGAACGGUUCUGAAUACGAUAAUGAUGCUAUGACCACUGUUCUGGAGAGAUUUCUCAUGCAAAAACGUUAAAAAAUAGCUCUUAUUUGGUAAGUUGCUUGUUGCACGACAUACUAUCCCAAAUUUUGGCCGUUUCAAAAAGGACCUCUGCUAACGUUGAGAUGUGCAAGUGAGCUUUGUAUUCGGGGAUAUGGACACUCCUCUGGCCAAUUGAUACUGUGUUGCCACCACAAGGGAUCUGCUUGGAGAUUACUGCAUUCUACAUAAAGGACAGUAUUUUAACAAAUAACCACAAAUGAUCUUUCCUAGGGGACAAAGCAUGGUACGAAUGUUGGGUUUGUUGAUUCAGAUGUUCAAUAUUCAUUUUGUAUUAAGAAAUUAUAGAUAUUUAUUCGUAUAUUCAGAUUUUGUAUAAUGAAAAACGCUGAUCAUGACAUAAGACGGAAUGGGUUUUAUUGUUUUAUUGUGCAAAGGUUUUUCACAAAUUCAAUGACUUUUAUAUAGCAUGUAUGGUCUUCAUAUUUCAAUAA